AUGAUAAUGCGGUCUUUUAGGACAAUAGCUACACCGUUGCUCAAAGAGCUCCGCACUUCCGAAGAAAUUUCGAAAUAUCUCAAUACGCCAACGUGGUCGAUAAAGCAUUAUCUUCGCCCCGUACCUUCCACCUCGCCUGUCUCCAACAAAUCAGCCAAGGAGAUUUUUGAUAAAAUGGUUAAAUUAUCUGGACUAUAUUUGGAUGCAUCUGCGCCACCAGAGCCUGUUUCAACUGACCUGCCUGAGGUACAAAAAGCUAAACUUGCCAAAAUAAAUGAGCGAGAAGGAUUGAUCAGAUCCUUGAAGUUGCAAAUGAUGUUCAUUCGUCAUUUAUACGAAGAUGAGUCAGAAAUUAUUGAAGAUGUGCAUGCUAGUGCUGGGGAUCAUGGUGUAGAGGAAAGUAUCAAACUGGACAAGCUAAGAAAGAAAGAAGAAGGAAGAGGCGAGGGAGAAAAUCCAGUACCUGGAGAAGAACAAGGUGGUGUCGUUGGAGCAUUGAGGGAGAAUGACAUUCAAUUUAGGUUGAUUGCUAGUGAUCACAUACCGUGUACUCCAUUGACUUUGAAGGAGUUAUUAAGGCAAGUUGAUGAGAUUGACCUGAAGGUUGAUGCUGGGAAAGGUGAAUUGGGAUUCAAUAUGGAUAGGUUGAAAACAUUGUAA